UCUCAUAGACCUGUUGCUUUUCUAAUUCAGGCACUAGAGAGCGAGGAUUUCAUGAUCAGAUUUCAUUCCGUUUAUGAAAAAUUGAAUCAAGCUUUGGAGGGUAUGCCAUAUACAGAAAUUGGCAUUUCAGAGGAAGUGAAAGAACAAGUUGAGCUAAUGCGUAUGCAACUUAGGAGAGCAAAGAGGCGAACCGAAACUCAAGAUAUGGAAGUUGCAAUGGAUAUGAUGGUAUUGUUAUCGACAAAGGAUGAAAGGAAUGCAGACAGCGCCAGCAUAGAAAGGCUUGCAAACAAGCUCGCUUUACAUACCAUUGAGGACCUAAGGGCGGAAACAAUAGCUGUAAGGAAGCUUGUUAAAGAAAGAGCACAAAAUACAGAAGCUAACCAGCAAAUCAUCAAUCUUUUGAGCAAAUGCAAACAAAUUGCAGGAGUUGAAGACACCGGUGUUCAUGAUGAUCCUGCUGUGCCUAAAGCUCUUGCAAAGUGCCCAUCUCUGGCAAUCCCUAAUGAAUUUCUGUGUCCCAUUACACUAGAAAUAAUGACACACCCCGUUAUUGUUGCAACUGGACAGACAUAUGAAAGAGAAAGCAUACAGAAGUGGUUGGAUUCUGAUCAUCGAACCUGCCCGAAAAGCGGGCAACUUUUGGCUCACUUGUCACUAGCACCAAACUUUGCUCUCCGGAAUUUAAUUUUGCAGUGGUGUGAGAAGAACAAAUUUCCUCUUCCAAAACAAGAGGAUCCUGCAAACUUGGAGAGCUCCACUAUGGAACCCAACGAUGAGAUCUCAUCCAUGGUUCGAAACUUAUCCUCCAAUAAGUUAGAAGAGCAGAGAAAGGCUGUGAGGAAGAUCCGUAUGGUCUCCAAAGAGAGUCCAGAGAGCAGAAUUUUAAUAGCCAACGGCGGUGGAAUACCACCAUUAGUUCAACUCCUUUCCUACCCAGAUUCUAAAAUUCAAGAACAUGCCGUGACAGCUCUAUUAAAUUUGUCAAUUGAUGAAUCAAACAAGAAACUCAUAUCUAGAGAAGAACCCAUUCCAUCCAUUGUCGAGAUCUUGAAGAACGGAACUAUAGGGGCCAAAGAGAACUCAGCAGCAGCUUUAUUCAGCUUAUCGAUGCUUGAUGAGAACAAAGCGAUUAUUGGGUUAUCAAAUGGUAUCCCACCAUUGGUUGAAUUGUUACAGAAUGGGACAAUUAGAGGUAAAAAAGACGCUGUCACUGCUUUAUUUAACUUAUCGCUAAGCCAAGCGAAUAAGGCUAGGGCCAUUGAGGCUGGGAUUGUUGCACCUUUACUUCAAUUACUUAAGGACAACAAUUUGGACAUGGUUAAUGAGUCCCUCUCAUUGUUGCUACUUCUUGCAUCGCACAUAGAUGGGAGGAGAGAUAUUGGACAGCUCUCGGUUAUUGAAACGCUUGUUGAUUUCAUCAAAGAUGGGACCCCCAAGAAUAAGGAAUGUUCAGCAGCGCUGCUUCUUGAGUUGGGUUCAAGGAAUACGAAUCUCAUGUUGGCUGCUCUUCAGUAUGGUGUGUAUGCCGACGUGGUUGACCUUUCGAAGAAUGGGACUAAUAGAGGUCAAAGAAAAGCGGAUUCAAUUUUGCAGCUCAUGAGUAAAUCUGAACAAAUCCCUUAAGGGUUAAUGACGGCAAUCUGAUUUGUAAUCUACCUCGUGUUUGCUGGAAUGAUAAAAAUUGUUGGUAAUUGAUUGUGUAAUUUACUACUUAGUCGCAGUUGAUCUUUGUGAAUCCUGUCCAAAUAUAUUGUUUUUUUCCCUUCUCCUUGCCGUCUUCUUUUGGACGAAAUUGUUAUAUGUAUUAGCAUCUUCUUUAAUGUGUAGCAAAAAUUCUACAUAACUGUUGCGAUGCAUUCGUGCUGCUUUUGCUUUCUAAAA